CUGGCAAUAUGGCGACUCUCCGGAGAGAGUAUGGAGUCAGGAAACCUAUCUUUUAAAUAAGAAUAGCGUGCCAUUACCGUUGAUAUAACAUGUUGGGGUUAGUCUAAAAGGCUUUUGCCUCAACGUUUUAAAUGAUGCUUGCAGAGGCCAGUCUGUCCUUUUGGGGAUGGGGGGGUCUGGGAGUCGUGCUCUUCCUCAUCACGUUCGGCCCCUUUGCCAUCUUUUAUCUGGCGUUUUAUAUCAUCUGUUUCCUUGGCGGGGGCUUUGCCGUCACUCUUUUAUUUGGAAAGACGAACUCCGAAAAGCACCUGGAGAAGUGCGAACACUCCUACCUGCCGCCCACCCCCACAGGCAUCGUGAAGACGCUGGACGAGCUGAAGCAGGAGACGAGGGUCAUCAAGAUCGACCGGCGCCUGACGGGAUCCAGCUUCAUUGACGAGCCGCUGCAGCAGGUGAUCCAGUUUGCCAUGAGGGACUACAUUCAGUACUGGUAUUACACCCUCAGCGAGGAUGAGUCCUUCCUGCUGGAGAUAAGGCGCACAUUGCAGAACGCUCUCGUGCAGUUCUCCACACGGUCUAAAGAGGUGGACUGGCAGCCAUAUUUCACCACCCGGCUGGUGGACGACUUCGCCACUCACCUGAGAGUCUUCAGGAAGGCCCAGGUGCGGAUGAGCGACAAGGACGAUCCCAAGCAGCGCGAAGCCCCUGAUGAGCUGCUGGAUGCGUUCUUCGAGGCAGAGGUGGAGAUGGAGAGGAAGAUCUGCAGGGACAUGGUGUGCACCUCCCACAAGGACGAGGAAGGCUUCCUGCGGGAUCUGUGCGAGGUGCUGCUGUAUCUGUUACUACCUCCCGGAGACUUCCACAACAAGAACAUGAGAUACUUCCUCAGGGAAAUUUUGGCACGAGGAGUUCUGCUACCCCUUAUUAACCAACUGAGUGAUCCAGAUUACAUCAAUCAGUUUGUCAUCUGGAUGAUCCGUGACUCCAGCUGCAAUUACGAGGCCUUCAUGACCAUCCUGAAGCUGACAGACAAGCCUGCGGAGCUGGAGGCUGUCAAGGACAAAGUGCUAGAGGAGCUCCAGUACCUGCGCUCCCUAGACACCGUAGGAGAUGAUAUAAAUGUGAUAAAAAAUCAAAUCAACAGUUUACUGUUUGUGAAAAAAGUCUGCGAAACAAGGAUUCAAAGACUACAGUCAGGAAAGGAAGUCGAUGCUUUGAAACUUGCAGCAAAUUUUGGGAAGUUGUGUAUUAUCCCGCUGGAUCAAAUCUUGGUGCACAACAUAGCCCUGCAGUUCUUUAUGGACUUCAUGCAGCAGGCGGGCGGCCAGGCGGACCUGUUCUUCUGGCUGACAGUGGAGGGCUACAGGGUGACGGCGCAGCAGCAGCUGGAGGUGCUGCACGGUCGGCAGCGGAGCGGCCAGACCAAGGGCCUCCUGAAGACGGCGGCGCUGGGCGUCUACGAGCAGUACCUCUCCGAGAAGGCCUCUCCCAGGGUGCAGGUGGACGAGGCCUCUCUGGCCAGACUGGCUGACAAACUCCACAAAGAGGAUCCGACCCCAGAGAUCUUUGACGACAUCCAGAGAAAGGUGUAUGACAUGAUGUUGCGCGAUGAGCGCUUUUACCCGGCGUUUAAGCAACACCCCCUCUACGUGCGCAUGUUGGCCGAGCUGGACAUGCUAAAGGAGCCGAGCUACCGUGGCUCGGACGACGGCGACGGAGAGUCUUUCAAUGGAUCUCCAACCGGGAGCAUCAGUCUGUCCUUGGAUGACCUCACCAACGCCACCAUGGACGAGUCCGUGCAGCUGCACGCGUUUAUAUCCGACACUGGCGUAUGCAACGACCACGGCAAGACGUACGCGCUCUACGCCAUCACCGUCUUCCGGAAGAACCCGGACGGCAGUGAAGACACCUGGAAGACCUACCGCCGCUACAGCGACUUCCACGACUUCCACAUGCGCAUCACGGAGCAGUUCGAGAACCUGAGCUCUAUAUUAAAACUUCCCGGCAAGAAAACCUUCAACAACAUGGACAGGGACUUCCUGGAGAGGAGGAAAAAGGACCUGAACGCUUAUUUGCAGCUGCUGCUGAACCCCGAGAUGGUGAAGGCGUGCCCCACCCUCAUCCCCUAUGUCCACGAUUUCCUGGAGAACAAGGCCUACAGCAAGGGCAAGGGCGACUUCGCACGCAAGAUGGACACGUUUGUGAACCCUCUGCGUAGCUCCAUGCGCAACGUGUCGAACGCUGUAAAGUCGCUCCCCGACAGCCUGGCCGAGGGAAUGACCAAAGUGUCGGACAACAUGGGCCGCAUGUCCGAGAGGCUUGGCCAGGACAUCCGACAGUCCAUAUUCAAGGUGCCGCCCUUAAUUCCAAAGCCAGACAUCGACCCGGAGCACUGCCGAGUGUCUGCCCAGCUGGAUGACAACGUGGACGACAAUAUCCCCCUGCGCGUCAUGCUGCUGCUGAUGGACGAGGUGUUCGACCUGAAGGAGAGGAACCAGUGGCUCCGCAGGAACAUCAAGAACCUGUUGCAGCAGCUCAUCAGCGCCACCUACGGGGACACCAUCAACAGGAAAAUUGUGGAUCAUGUCGACUUCCUGACUUCUCCUGAGCAAGUAGCAGACUAUGUCAGGAGAUUUAGAGAUUCCUACUGGCCAAAUGGAAUAUUGGCGGAGACACCGCCGCGUCGAGACAAGGGCAUUCACAUGAGGACGCGGGUAGCAGCGAAGACCAGCCUCCUAGGCAUCAUGCCAGACGAGCUAAAGCACAUCAUCGGGGCGGAGACGACACGGAAGGGAAUCCUGCGCAUCUUCCACAUGUUUCAGCACCAGCAGCUGAACCGGCGCCUGGCCUACGUCUUCCUGGAGGGCUUCCUGGAGACCCUGUUCCCGCUGUACAAGUUCCCCGAGCUCUUCGUCAAGCUGCACUCACGCUCGCCCCGCACGCGCGCCUACUCUCAGAAGGGCCGCAGUCUGCAGAAGAGGUGACACGCCACACCGGCUCGACCACCAGGAGGCACCACUUGCAGGAGAGGAGGGGCCGGCCCAACGGCGAGGCCGGGAUAAGGCGUGGGGUGGGAGGGGGGAGUGGUUGAGUGUGUGUGGGUGUACGAGCGCGAGCGUGUGUACUUGCGGCUGCUUGAAUUGCACAACACCCUCAUCGUCUUCUCCUCCUGGCCGUCUCUCCCCCCCCUCCACAAUCCUCUGUUCUUAAUAGAAGCACUGUAUCGAUGUGGCUGUAGCAUAGAGGAUCCGUUUUAUCAUGGAGCGUUUGCUCCAGUGCAUUCACACCUGUACCACUAAGAGACUGCAGUGCCUGAUCUGUAAUGUCAGUGUUCAGUAUUUGUUUUGUUUUUUGGGGUUUUUUUUUUUGUUUGUUUGUUUUUUUUAUUUUGUAUGUAGGCUGCAAUGUGGAAUAAUUCCUGUGGAAAAAAAACUGUUUUACUUGGCAAAGGUCACCCCCACCCCUCCAACCCAUGGAGGAGUUGACCUGAAGACUAGACACACAUUCUGUGUGAUUUUAAACAAGCUAGCGGAGAUUGAAGGGACACUAACACUCCUUGCUGUGCUUUUGGGAAAUAUAGUACAGCAAAGACAAACGCGAUUUAUUUUAGAGUUUGGCGAGCACGUUUUAACUGCACCUAAGUCGUCACCUACCAACUGAAACCGUUUCUGAAUGAUUUAACAACCAAAUAUGUUUGCAGCACCUUAACAAGGCUUCUGAUUCAAGAUCACGUUCGGUUGCCUCACAGACCUUUUGGGCGUAAAAGCGUAGAGUGGUCCAAGUCCGGUCCAGUCUCCUUACUACGGCACAGCAGAGCCUCUGCCGUGACGGUUACAGGAUGCUUUUACGACUCUGAAGCAACCGCGCUCGCGGCGCAGAACGCUGACUGUUAGACCAGCCGUCCUGUCAGCUCAGGCGAGUCUUGGCAUCUGUGGGAGCCAUUUUAAAGAAUGUACCUGUCUCCGGCUGCCAUGUCUGCGCUUACGCUGAUGUUUUUGCAACUCGGUUCAGACACUGGGGACAUGUAUACAAAUUUACACAUACUGUUUUGGCGGGGGAGGUUGUGUGUGUGUGUGUGUGUGUGUGUGUGUGUGUGUGUGUGUGUUUGUUUGUUUUUUUGUUUUUUUUAACAUUAGUACACUAAGUAAGUGUGUAGCACUAAGAUCCAACCCCAUCGAAGUAAAAAGUGUGCUCCAGUGCCAGUUAGAAAAUCAGCCUUAAUUCUAUGACCAAGAGACGCAUGUGCUAUAAGUAGCUACCCAUAAUCUACAAACAAAAAACACACACACUCGUACUCAGAUAUUGAAGAUAUCCAAGCCUAAUUGUACUUUUAUUUAGUGAUUAUGUAAUUCAUUUGUGUGCAAUAUUUUUUUUUCUUUAAUGCAUGUGUUUGAAUAAUUGUAUAGUGAAAAGGUUUUCAAAUAUUGGAGAUGAAUGAAUCCAAAAAAAAAAAAAAGCACAGAAGAAAAGUUCUUCUGCAUCCAAUCACAUACAUUCCAUUGUAAAUUGCUCUGCUUACGUUAGGGACUUGUUUUAGAAGUCUGGCUUUUUGCAUUUUUGUUUUUGAACAUUGGUUUUUAAUUUGUCUUCCUCCUGGUGUCUCCCGGGCGGUGGAUUCUGUUUGUCCGUGCGUGGCUCGCUUGGCUCCAGGAGAUGGAGACAACAGAGUGAAUAAGUUGAUGAUAUGAGUAUCUAUAAGCGGACCGUGUACAGAGUGGCAAGGUCUCUGUCUGCCAGUGGACUCUUAAUCUCACUCACUCUCUCUCUCGCUUACCCAGUCGCUGUGGUGGUCGGCCCAGUAAAGACUGAACUGGGCCUGUGCUGAGCAUUGGGUUGUCAUUACAGCGGCAGGUCGUGUUCUUUGUGUAGACUUAGCACGAGAAACCCAUCCGUAUUACCAGUAGUCAGAUUAAGGUGAUCUCUGGGUACUGACUCAACAUGGACACCGCUGUGAAGUGACUAAAUUAAUUCUCUUUUUGACCUAAAUGGCACUUGGUGUAGAUUCUUCAAAUGAGGGUUUCGGAAUGUUCUGGUGGGAGUUCUCGUCCAGUGUAUUCUGCACCGCAUGACUCUACGUGGCUAUCGGUUGCUGUGAUUGGCUAAUUUUUUUUUUUUUUUUUUUUUUUUUUUUAAAGAAACCAUUCCUGAUUGGUCUAUAAGGGGCUCAUGCCUGCUGUGACUUGCUAUUGAUAAGCCACAACCUUCUGUGAUUGGUUGAAGCGUCAGCAUUGCCCAUCUCUUACUGAGCAUCACACUCCAACUUUACCUUUAAACUCAGUAAAUGGUUCGCUCGGAUGCAGGGCUGCUUGCUGCUGAUAUUUCUUUUGUUUUCGAAAUCCCCAUACAUAUGAAUCUAUAACUACUUGUGCAUAUUGGUGUACAGUAUGUGUCAACAGUGUGCCUAAAUGUACUGUCGAUUAUAUUUUCUUAUUUUUCUUUAACAAAACAACAAAAGUUGACCCAAAUGUUAAGGUCAGUUUAAUGGACUGAAAAAGUGGACUGAGGGUUUUUAGAAUGCACCAUGCUUCUCCGGUAUUCAUUUUGGACAGCGGAUCUCAGUAUAACACUAAUAAAACUUUAACUCCUGACUAACUCA